GAGCCACGUGGCAACGAUUCAUCAACAUCGACAAGAAAGAUUCACGCGCCGAAGAAGGCGAAGAAGCUAGCGGGGAAUCAGCUGCGUUUCCUACUGUUCUCCGGUCACGCUGGCUUCAGAGAGAAAAUGCCGCGCCGCGUCGAGCGACCGUUCGCUGGGUGCCUCCCCGCAGGAGCAGCCGCCGGCCCAGCAACAAGCGGCGGGCUCGCCCGUCAACGCCGCCAUGGACGCGCUGCGUCGCUGGCGUCCCGCGAUCAGGGGGGCCACGCCCACGGCUGCCCCGGACGACCCAGCCGCCGGGGGUCGCCACGAGCGCGCCAUGAUGGUCACCCUGCUGGUCAACAUGUCGGCGGGCACGGCACUGGGCUACGCGUCCGCGUCCAUGCCUCGCAUCGAGCUCGAGCCCUGGUACACCCUGCCGCCCGGCGCGCCCCAGAACCAGUGGGUCGGCGACGUCCUGCUGCUCGGCGCGGUCGCUGGAGCGCUGGUCUCCGGGCUCCUGAUCCACCUGCUGGGCCACAGGAGAACGUUGCUGCUGUCCGCCUUCGGCAUAAUCAACGCUUGGGUAUGCAUCAUCGUGUCCAACAGCGUCAUCAUGCUGCUCAUCGGCCGCGUAACAUGCGGCAUCUGGCUCGGCGUCUCCACCAACUCCGUGAGCCUGUACAUCUGCGAUGUGGCUCCUCCCGCAAAGAGGGCCUUCUUUGGCGGGCUCACCGAGGUGGCCGUGAGCUUGGGCAUGCUAGCGGCCUACGUUCUGGGUAGUGCUGCGUGGCAGAUGUCGGCGGUCGUGUUCACCCUGACGCCGGUGUCAGUCUUUGCGCUGCACAACCACAUCGUCGAGGACCCACGCUGGUUUUCGGCCAAAGGCCGCUACCGUGACUCAAACACCGCCAUGGUGCGGCUUUACGGAGACGACGUGCCCACCGACUUCAGGUACAGCAGGACGGGAGAGGAAUCGAACGUCUCGACAGUCGGCCGACAGAAGGUGGCCAGGAAGCUGUCGGUGUGCGUGCUGCUGAACCUGCUGCAGAACCUGUCGUGCGCGCAGCUCGUGCUCCUGCACGCCGUGCAGGCGGUGGGCCCCCUGAUAGACGUCACGUCGCCGCAGGAGUCGGCCUGCCUGGUUCUCGCCAUGCACGUCACCUGCACGACCCUGUUCGCCGCCCUGACCCGCUGCAUCGGCCGUCGGCAGCUGCUCAUCGUCUCGGCAGUGCUGGCCGCCGGCGUCCUGUCCGGCUUGCGUCCGUUCGAUCACGUCGUCAUCAGCCGGUGGUUGCCCGGUCCGGCCAGUGGGACCAGGUGGGAAGUCAUGGGCUCCGCCUGCAUGCUGGUGCUGGCCUACUCGGUGGGCCUGUGCCACGUGCCUUCGCUGGUGGUCGGCGAGCUGCUGCCCCUGAAGCGGUGGCGCUACCUGAGCUCCUCUCUCCUCUGGGUUUGGCGCUGGCUGGUCGCCUUCGUGAUGGUCCACUUCGACAAGGAGCUGCUGAGGGCCGGCGACUCCAGGAGCAUGUCGUUGGCGUUCGGCUUGGCGGUGCUGCUGGUCGCCGCGGCCACUGUUCCCUUCGUGCCGGAGACCGAGGGCCGCACGUUGGCCGCCAUUCACCGCGACGAGUGACGAAGCGACCCGGCGCGGGUCUUAUUCCCCGCCGACGCUGCGUCAGCCUGUCGCAAUGAUUAGUUUCACUUCGUGCCUGCUCACCGAACUUUAUUAACUGUGCCUUACGGAUAGAAAACGAUUGUAUUGUGCCUUUUUCUUUCACGUAUUUUGUAUUUACGGACUAUGCUGCGCAUUCGAACCAUGUCACCUGUUCUUUCGUCAGCACGUCAAAACAUUGUAGCGCUUUGUCAGGCUUCCA